AUGAGCCACACACCACUACCCGGAGGGCUUAUCUCAUUCGGCUCCGAUGCCAACUGUACACUCGAAUUAUGUCCCCUCGAGUCGAGUAUACUGCGAUACCAACCAAAUCUUCCCGCCAAUGCCAUUUUCAUCGGAGUAUUCGGGUUGUCCAUGGCUCUCCACAUCUUCCAAGGUAUCAAGAUGAAGACAUGGGGCUUCAUGGCGAGCAUGAUGGCAGGAUGUAUUCUCGAGAUUAUCGGUUACAUCGGACGACUCAUCAUCCACGAUAACCCAUUUGACUUUAUUGGCUUUCUAUUACAGAUCAUCAUGAUCACCAUUGCCCCCGUUUUCUUCUCUGCUGCCAUCUAUGUUCUUCUGUCCCAGGUCAUCAACUUUGUCGACCCAAAUGUCUCUCGAUUCUCUCCCAAGUAUUUCUACUGGAUCUUCAUCCCUUCCGACAUUAUCUCCCUCAUCCUCCAAGCCGUCGGCGGUGCAGUCUCUGUUGUUUCCACCGCGCAGGAAGAUGUCAAGACUGGAGAGGACGUCUCCAUCGCUGGUCUCGUCUUCCAAGUCGUCACUCUACUUUGUUUCGUUGCUUUGUUCAUCGACUAUGUUGUCAGGGCUUCCAAGUCACCGGCCCGAUAUCGCCUUACCAAGCCCAUUCUCACUUUCCUCUUCUUCCUUUUCCUCUCGACAAUCUUCAUCUUGAUUCGAUGUGGCUACCGAAUUGCCGAGCUCAAUGGAGGAUACUUCAGUGCUAUCUUUCGAGACGAAGGUCUCUACAUCGCUCUUGAAUCUUGCAUGAUGUGCAUUGCUGUUCUUCUUCUGAAUGCUGGCCACCCUGGAUAUGCUUUCAAGGAAACCCCCGAGUUUACCAAGGAAAUGGACCAGAUGGACCAAGACGAUAAUACCGUCUUUGGAGAAUAA